ACCGAAUCUAAUCAAUAGAUCAUUACAGCAACCUCCAAUAAAUCAGUCAAAUCCCCUUCCUGUGCCUCCCAGAUUAGCCAAAUGAGCUAAACUUCUCACCUUCUUCCUCUCCCCCUCCUCUCCACCUCCUGCCGAGCUCUUCUCCGAUGAAUCCCGGAAUCUUACUGAGCCUCAAGGUCUUCUUGAUCCUUUCUCUGGUGGAAGACAGACCAGUCCUUGCCGCAACUAUUGGGUCUGGGGAUUGUCAGCCUCAAAGAUGCGGGAAUCAGACAAUCAAGUACCCUUUCUGGCUCAGCAAUAAGCAACCGUCUUAUUGUGGCGUUCCUCCGUUCAACGUCACCUGCAUCAGCAGCGGCGGCCAAGCCGAAACCCUUUCUUUUAACGUUUUUGACGGUUUAUAUCAUGUCAAGAACAUCUUCUACGAGAACAAGUCGGUUCAGAUCACUGCCGCCGGAUUCGAAGAUGAUCGGUGCCUGUUACCAACCUUCAACAUCACUUCCGGCCUCUACCCCUUCGACCUCAGCUCCGCCAACAAGCGCAUCUUCUUCCUCUCCAAUUGCUCGAGCUCGAUGAAUCUAUCUGCCUUCCAAAACAUAUCUUGUGCUGCUGAUGGAGGACUGACCUACUUCGGCGGUGAGUACAAUGGCUCGGGCAAGCUGAACUUUUCCGGUGGAGUAUGUAAGCUGUUUGUGGUGCCGGUGGUGGGUUACAUCGAUGUGGGCAUCGAUGUAAACUACUCUGCACUGCUGAGGACUGGGUGGUUGCUGAAUUGGACGGCGCCGGAUUGUACAGAGUGCAGUGACAGCGGCGGCCAAUGUGGGUUCAAUGACACGACAUCAAAAUUCAUGUGCAUCUGCCCUGACCGAGUCCAUACAAGGAAAUGUGAGAUUGUUCCUGAUGUUGCAGCUCAUUCAAGGAGGACAAAGCAUAUAAUUAUAGGUGUUUCUGUCUCAGCUGGUUUCCUUGCUCUAGCAUGUGCCGUGGGCUUUCUCAUUUACCAGUACAAGAAAAGGAAAAUGAACUCCACAUCCUCCAAGUUUCUCACUAGAAAUGCCUCUUCUUCACAUAUGAACACCGAAGUGGGUGCCCAUUUCCAGACUCACCUCUUCUCCUAUGGCGAACUUAUGGCAGCUACCGACUGCUUUGACACCUCGAGAGAACUUGGUGAUGGAGGUUUUGGCACUGUGUAUAAAGGCAAACUUCGAGAUGGUCGAACAGUUGCAGUGAAGCGACUGUAUGAGAGAAACUAUAAGCGGGUCGAGCAGUUCAUGAAUGAGGUUGAGAUCCUCUCCCUUCUUCGUCACCAGAACCUUGUUAGCCUCUACGGCUGCACCUCCCACCGCAGUCGUGAGCUCCUCCUCGUUUAUGAGUUUGUGCCAAAUGGCACCGUUGCAGACCAUCUCCAUGGCAGCCGUGCCAGUGAGCGAAUCCUAACAUGGCCUAUGCGUCUGAACAUAGCCAUUGAGACAGCUGAUGCUCUUGCAUACCUCCAUGCUGUUGACCCACCUAUCAUACACCGCGAUGUCAAGACCAACAACAUUCUACUGGACAGCAGCUUCCACGUAAAAGUUGCAGAUUUUGGGCUCUCACGUCUCUUUCCGGUCAAUGCUACGCAUGUGUCCACUGCUCCACAGGGCACACCGGGGUACGUAGACCCCGAGUACCAUCAGUGUUUCCAGCUUACGGACAAGAGCGAUGUUUAUAGCUUUGGCGUGGUGCUGGUUGAGCUUAUAUCAUCGAAACAAGCCAUCGAUAUCACCAGGCAGCGGAGUGAGAUCCAUUUGGCCAACAUGGCAAUUACUAAGAUCCAGAACCAUGAAUUAGAAGACCUGGUGGAUCCAGAGCUCUGUUGUCCAUCCGAUGAGGUGACGAAGAUGAUGAUCACCAUGGUGGCAGAAUUGGCAUUCAGGUGUUUGCAAUCAGAUGGGGACAUGAGGCCACCAAUCAAGGAGGUCCUCGAGGGGUUGAGAGCGAUCGAGAGUAAGACAUACAAGACCGAUAAGAAGGAGAAAAAUGAUGUUUGGACACAGGAUGAUGCUACUGGGGUACGGAACAUUGCAGUGUUCUCUCCUGAUUGUGUCACAGGCAAGUGGGUGAGUCAAUCUACUACACCAAACACCAGUCAAUAAAACAAGUUUUAUGGUUGUUCAUAUGGCACAACAAUCUUUUCAAACAUCCAGAAAAAAGAAUAUUAUUUUUGAAGGUAAGUGAUGUACAUAGUAAAUGGAGUUUCUGCGUACCAUUCCCACAUAAUUUGUGGACCUGUAUGCACUCUCAGUGCUUCUCUAACAAAUUAGUGGAGAUGCUUAAGGUGUGUGCUUCAGCUAAGUGAUCAUUCAUCAUCUGAGUUCAUAUUCUCAGUUGCAACUCUGUCAGCACAUUGUGAAGCAUAACACUAUCAGUUACUUGCGGGCCGAAAGCAUGAAUGCCAGUUGUUCCCACGAGGAAGAAAAACCAUCAUGAAAGAACAGAAACAUAUUGAAAGCAUAGCUUCUGAUUUAGCCAUGAGUAAUGAGGAAGGAAGACCUGAACUUGUAAGAAGAACAUGUUUUGUUAGAAUCAGCUGUGGACUGCCUAAUCUGAGAAGCCUGAAAGUUCCAGAGUGUCUACAUUUUA